AUGAAGUUUUCCCAAUAUCUUGUGCCUCUUCUCAAUGCCUUUUACGAUGGCUACCCUCAAAAGCGUGAAGCUGAUGGCAGAUCUACCGUCUACCAGACGUUAGAGCCGAUCACUACUACUAUCAAGGGUGUUACUAAGACAGUUCAAUUCACUCUGACCCAUGUGCUUGACUCCACUCCUACUGCUGCUGCUCCUGAACCUGCUACCAUCACCGUGUUCACCCCUCCUGCUGCCGCUACUGACAACAACGAUAACAACAACGCUGGCGAUAACAAUAACAACAACAACAACAACAACUCUGGUGACUUCGGUGUGCAAGUAGACAACAGUGGCGACUCACCCUUGCAAGGCCAAAACAUCAAGAAGGUUGACGCCCACCCUCAAGUGUUUCUGGUUGGUGGCAACGAUGGUUCCGACUUGAGAUUGAAGCUCAAUGGUGAUGGUUCUUUAGUCGACCAAGUUGGUCGUGGUGUGUUCAUUGGUACUAAUGGUGAUUUCGGUAACGUGUCGCCUUGGGGUAGUGUCCCUGGUACCACCGGUUUCUCGAUCCAAGACGGUAAGUUAGCCUACCAAAACAAUAAGGACUUUUACGCUUGUCCCUCUGGCGAAAACCAAUAUUCGCUCGCCGUUAGCGGCUGGAAUGGUUGCACUACCAUCCAAUUGAAGGUGUUCUAA